AGAAGGCAGGUCAUUAGCGUUUGGCUCUGAGACGUCGCACAGCCUGAUCUGCUUUGCUCCGUGGUAACCCGGCAUCCUUCUUUCUUCCGUGGUCCCCGGUUGGAUGAGAUAGUCUUGGAAUUAGGAAACUACGAACAGCUCCAAUUAAUAUCACGUUAGCCUCUGGUCUUGCUGUGCGUCCGGACAAGCCGCUCCUCCCUCCGCUGCCAGAGUCAUGGAACUCCCUUUCCGGAAAGACUUGGAGAAGUACAAGGACCUAGAUGAGGAUGAAAUCCUGGGGAAGCUGACCGAAGAGGAGUUGAAGCAGCUGGAAUCGGUGCUGGACGACCUGGAUCCAGAGAACGCGCUUCUGCCCGCUGGAUUUCGGCAAAAGGACCAGACUGUGAAAAAGCCCUCUGGUCCCUUUGACCGAGAGAAACUGCUUGCGUAUCUGGAGAAACAAGCUCUGGAGCAUGAAGACAAAGAAGACGUCGUCCCGUACACGGGAGAAAAGAAAGGGAAAAUAUUUAUCCCCAAACAGAAACCAGUCCAGUCUUACAACGAAGAAAAAGUGACGCUCGAUCCAGAACUGGAAGAAGCGUUGACCAGCGCCACAGACACCGAACUGUGUGACCUUGCAGCUAUCCUAGGGAUGCACAACUUGAUCAGCGAAGCUCAGCUGCGUGAUAUAAUGGGAGGUAGCAACGGUGUCGGCAGCGAAAGUUUCUCAAAUGUGGUCAAAGGGGAAAAGAUCGUGCCCGUCUUUGAUGAACCCCCCAAUCCCACAAACGUGGAGGAGAGUUUGCAACGGAUAAAAGAGAACGAUCCUCGUCUCCUUGAUGUUAAUCUGAACAAUAUAAAGAACAUCCCCAUUCCAACUCUAAAAGAGUUCGCCAAGGCCCUGGAAACAAAUACCCACGUGAAGAACUUCAGCCUUGCUGCUACAAGAAGUAACGACCCAGUUGCUGUGGCAUUUGCGGACAUGCUGCGAGUGAACCAAACGCUGAAGAGCCUCAACAUAGAAUCCAACUUCAUCACUGCCGCGGGCAUGCUGGCGCUGAUCGAUGCCCUGAAAGAGAACGAAACCCUGACGGAAAUCAAAGUGGACAACCAGAGGCAGCAGUUUGGAACACCUGUAGAAAUGGAAAUUGCAAAGAUGCUUGAAGAAAACACAAAGAUACUUAAAUUCGGAUACCACUUCACGCAACAGGGACCACGAACCAGGGCAGCGGCUGCCAUUACGAAAAAUAAUGAUUUAGUUCGGAAGAGAAGAGUGGAAGGAGAUCACCAGUAAAUCUCCUUGGCGCUUGAUCCGCACAGACUGGAGAAUUCAAACCUUCCGGAGGCACGCCGGCUUAGCUUGAGCAAUCUCAAGUCUUCUUUUUACCUGGGUAGAAGGGAAAAGACUGGAAUCACCAUUCCUUUUAUUAUUAUUGUUAUUAUUAUUUUUGUAUUGAUACGCGUGGUAACCAACACAUGUACGUUUAAACCUUUGUAAUCACACCUGCCCAAGGUCUGUCUUUUGAAAACAGUUCUUUGGUCUGCGUUUUCCACUAAGGUAAAUAUAAAUUCUAAACUCUCUGUUGUCGCUA